CUCUGCAUGUACGUAAGUCAUUUAAAAACAGAUAUAUGUACAUACAUGUAGGUCAAAUAUGACAUCGUGUUUUGAGACAUUUGUCCUUUUCUAUAGUUACGGUACUGCUGUACCGGAACCUUGUGCCUUGUGCCACUUACAUACGAGAAAACGAUAUAUAUACGAAAUGAUACCAAAUAUCAUCGUUGACUGUGAGACGAUUUUUAUUAUUUCAUUUUUCAAGCGUUUGCUGUCAAAAUGGAGAAGUAAAUUCAAAUGAGAAGUAGUUUAAAUUACUCACGAUUUAGAAGCGACAAGAAAAAUUCGUGUAUGACACUGAUGGCAGUUUACAAUUUUCUACAGUUUGUAGUUUCACAGCGACAUCUGCAAAAGUUGUGUAUGACGAGAAGCCGACAUUCAUUAACUAUUUUUACGAUUUAUGUACGAUUAAUUGUAGUACUAGUAGGUAAUUUAUUUAAUUGUGAAUGAUCGAUGGCAAUUCCUUUAAGAAACAUAAUAUGGUUAUCGUCGCUGUCAACAUUUAAAAAAAAUAUUCGUGCGAGCAUAAGUAGUGGUAAUAAACGAUUCAUAAUGGCGAGCUCUAGGAGACUCGAAAAAGUCUUGGAAGAUCUUCAAAAAAAUCCUUAUUUCGAUAAAUAUGCGGAAAAGAUAGCGAAACUUCAGAAGACCAGUCCCGACCAGUUUUUACAGCGAAUUGAGAAAGAAGAGAAGAAAUUGCAAGAGAAGACAGUUUCAUUACAUGGAAUGAGGUCUCCUUGUAGCCAAUAUUUAAAGAGGUUUAGUCUUUUUGAAACAAAACCACAACCAUCGUGGAUUCAUAUCAGAAAAAAUUAUUUUUCCGAUCAUGCGACUAGAAAUGUAUACAUCACUACACCAAUAUUUUACGUUAACGCUGGGCCACACAUUGGGCAUCUGUACACUGCACUGUUGGCAGACAGUUUAGCUAGAUUCAACUCUAUGCUAGGACAUUCCGUAUUCCUGGGCACUGGCACCGACGAACACGGUACUAAAGUUAAGAAAGCCGCAAUGAAUUCAGACAUGCCGACGUCUUUAUAUUGUACUCAUAUUUCUCAACAAUACCAAAAAAUGUGCGACACGUUCAACGUUAAAUAUUCACGAUUCAUUAGGACAACCGAAGAACGACACAUAAAAGCGGUUCAUCAUUUUUGGAAUCGUUUAGACGAAAACGGACAUAUUUACUUCGACAAAUAUUCCGGCUGGUACAGCGAGUCUGAUGAAGCAUUUAUUCCGGACGCGGAGGUGAUAGAACAAAAGAAUGAAGCUGGAAAGAGUAUUUAUUUAACUGCAAACUCGGAGAGUCUCGUGGAGUGGGUGAAAGAAGAAACCUAUAAGUUUCGUCUGACUUCUUUCCAAGAUGAUUUGCUAUACUGGCUGAAAAAUGAAAAUACAGUACAACCGGCGAUAUACCAUAAGAGUUUGCUUAGUUGGAUUGAACAAGGUCUACAAGAUUUAAGUAUUUCUAGACCUAUCGACAGAGUGCCUUGGGCCAUUCCUUCGCCUUCAAAUAAGUCCCAAGCAGUGUAUGUGUGGUUGGACGCUUUGGUGAAUUAUUUGACUUCGAUAGGAUACCCGGACAAUUCUUUCAAACAAUUUUGGCCGCCAACUCAUAUUGUAGGAAAAGACAUACUAAAGUUCCACGGCGUGUACUGGCCAGCGUUUCUGAUGGCGCUGGGUCUCGAGCCGCCGAAGAGACUCCUGUGUCACGGGCACUGGACCGUCGACGAUCGGAAAAUGUCAAAGUCCAAGGAGAACGUGAUUUCGCCCUUCGACGCGAUGUCAGUGUUCACGACGGAAGGUCUGAGGUACUUCCUCUUGCGACAGGCAGUGCCGCAUUCGGAUGCAAACUACAACGCACAGAAGAUUCGGAAUAUUCUGAACGCGGAGCUCCCCAACACUUUUGGGAAUCUGUUGCAACGAUGUUUGGGCAAGACUAUCAACCCUAGCAGAGCGAUACCCGACCCGUCGAACUACGUGGACACCUUGAGGACCGAGGUGGCCCGCAAGAACAUCAAGCUUUUGGAGGGUAUAGGCGAGACCGCUAAGCAGUAUUACGAGGAACACAAUUUGCACCACGUGGUGGACGCUGUGAUGGAUUUGUUGCACACUGCCAAUCAGAUGUUCAACCAACAUCAGCCGUGGCGAUUGUGCAAGUCAGCGGAUUCUGUCAAGGAGGUGGAGGCCGUGCUGUCUCUCAGUUUAGAGAGCGUGCGCGUUGCUGCAUUGGUACUGCACCCGAUCAUACCGAGAUCGACCUCGGAUAUGUUGGACUCGCUCGAGGUACCGACCACUAGACGCUUAUGGCGGGACACGACACCGCUUCACCUGACCAACUGCUUCGACGGAAGGCACCGCUGCGUGUCACAGAACGUACAAUUGUUUCAGAGAAUAGACAAGAAUUAAGGACGAUGAAGGUAGCAGUAAGAAAACGUUUCAAAUAUAACACUCGCGUGGAAGUCCUUACGCUAAUAUAUUUACAGAGAACGGUCAUUCAAAUGUAUUAUCAGUGUACAUCAACAUCGUGCACGUGUCACUCCGACAAGGGAGACUAUGUUCAAUUUUCUGGUCUUUUUAAUUUGCUGCAGAUAGAAUAUACUAUAUAUAUAGCAUCGAUAUAUAUAUAUAUAGACACAUGUUUGUACAGGAUGCGACAUUCGGACGAGAACAUUUACGUAUCUCCAUCAUUUUUUUUGUCAUAAAUUGUCGAUAGCCUUACGGAACAUAAAUGACGACUUCAAUCUUGAUAUAUUUACGUUUGAAGAUAAUAUGAAAAAUCGCAGAGAUACGUGGGUGUUACGAUUAAAAUGCCGCAUUCUGCGUAUUCUUGUUCGUUUGUUCUUUAAUACCGGAACUCUCUCUCUCUCUCUCUCUCUCUCUCUCUCUCUCUCUCUCUUUCUCCCAUUCUCUCUCUUUCUCCCAUUCUCUCGCUCUCUCUAGUCGGAAUACAGUGCACUUCUUGUCGCUGAUAUAGAUGCGUGGAAGAGACUCGCCGCGUUUUCGCGAGCGUUUCUUUGUUCGUUCGGAUAUGCGAGACGCAGAUUCGAGUUCAGAUUCGACGGGUCCUAAACGAAGCAAUCGCUUUGGAACGCGUAAAAUUACACGCGAGACGGAUCGUCUCUUUUCUCGUCUUGGUGUCGCUCCCGUCAAAUAUAGAAAAAUAAAUAAAUGACUAUUUACAAGA